AUAAAAAUGAGCCCGCCCGGGUUCUAUUUUCGCCGGUGACGGAGGCACAGUCUCACCCCACGCGCGGCGCCGCUAAACAUAGUCUCGUGCGGCACGGACACCAGCCAACAGAGCAGUCCUCCUAACGGAGACCCACGGCGUCUACCCUAGAACUUGCUUUUCGUGGCCGCCGCCUCAUUUUGGUUCCUGAUGUUGCGUCCGGGUUCUUGUUGAGUUUGUUCAAAUGUGCUGAAGCGGAAAGUAGAGACGCGGACUACAACACUGAAGAAAGAAUCACCCUCGUAUAUUCAGAACUGCCACCUAAGUAACAUUGUGUUUCUGGCUUUCGGAAGCACACCGUGAUUCCUCGGACAAUGAAUUUGUGAACGCCUCCAAAUGUUAGCCAAAUUGUUGACGGUUAUUGUCCAGUGACUGACCGUACGUUCUAUCAAAACUAUGGUGGUCGUCGACCUCGGACAGGGGCCCACAGUGACGGACAGUGAACUUGUCGAAUCAAGCCUGCCGUUCACCUCCACUGACACAUCGCUCGCCAACGCUGAAGAGUGUCAGGACUUGUACCUACAGUCCGUGUCCAGGCUGGACACCUUAGACAGAGCGUGCAACGAGAUGCGAUACAUCCUCAAGGACAUGGAGCUUAUGGAACGCCGGCUCAGCGAUCUCAAGGACAGACAUUCCAGCAUCACCAAGAAGAUUAACAUCGCUCAGAUGGAACUCGACAAGGCCGACGAAAGACAGCGACGCUGCAACCUCGUGGUAUUUGGUCUCAACGAAACUGAGCCCGACCCAGAUUCGUGCGAAGACCUCGUGUUGAGCCUGGCCCGCACGUACCUCAUGAUGAACCUCACGAAGGACGACAUCGUCAGCGCUUAUAGGUUGAAGUCGUCAUCAUUUCCGCGUCCAGUUCUGGUGAAGCUUUCUGACGAAGGCAAGAAGGCACCCCUCUUGAGGGCGAGUGUCAGACUAAGGGGCACUGGGAUCGGGAUCAGAGAAGACUAUUCGUACAACGUUCGGCAACAACGGAGGUUACUCACCAAGAAGAUGCACGAAGAGAGAAGGGCAGGGAGGCGGGCCUCCUUGGACUGUGGCACUCUCAAAGUGGAGGGCAAAGUGUUUGUGUGUGAUAAGUACUGCGAGAAGGUCAUCGAGGUUUCUGAAGAUGGUGUUCGCGUAGAAGGCGUUGGAGCGAGCGGCUGCUCCGCAGCUGACUUUUCAAUCGACGCUCGAUGUUUGAGCCGAGACUGGCUUGACAAACACUCCAAGAUGAUCUCAGAAAAGAUCCGUAUUCUUCACGGUAAUUCCGGGUGAAUGUCGUGCUCUACUUCGAACCUAUGCUACUAUUGUGUUCCUUAUGACACUGUUAAUGUAAACAGCAUGUGCAUGUUCUCUUCUGUUUGUUGGCUGGGAGCAGAAGCAUGUACAACGGCAUCAGCUGCAUUUAUUUAGACUUUCAAUCAGUCGUCUUUCGUCUAGUCGACAAAGAAAAGCCGUGAAUGAACGAGAAACAUGGGUGAGCUUGGUGUGUACAUAAUACUGCUCUUAUACAUUUCAGAAUGAAUGAAGUCGGAAAUAUACUUUUAUAGAU